CUGCCUCGCGGCCCCGCCCCCAGGCCCGACGUCCUCGAAGCUGCUCGAGCUUCUGCCCAGCAACCGGCGCGAGCCGCGCGCUGUGCAGAGGCAGCCGUGGAAGGCGGCUCCCGGCGCUGGCAGGCGGCCGCCCCCAGACCCGCAGUGCCAUGCGCAGGUGCUUGCGCCCGUUCUUCAGUUAGCGAUCUUUUGGUUAGGAACGCAGGUGGACCUGCUUGUUUGGCCAUUUGCAUUCCGGAGUCUGCCUCUGGCCGCGGCCUGUGAGAUGGUCGUUGGGCUUCCUCGUUCGUUCAGAUGCUUCGCGAUUUAGCUUGCUACGGACGCCAGCAGCCAGCGCUUGCAGAGAGCGCGGUCCACUCUGCUCUGAGGGCUUUACAGGGGCAGGCGCUGCUAUUUCCCGGCAUUUUCCUCGAGGAAAUAGGCACAGAGAGGUUAGUCGCGCGCUGAAGGUCACACAGCCGGCGGGUGGGCAAGUCGGGAUCUGGCCGUGGGCCUGCAGCCCUGGAGCUUGGGCCCCAGGGCGCGCCCUGCCUCUGUGGCUCUGCCUGUGGAUCGCAGUUGCAGGCUCGCUCCUUGUGGGGCCUCUAGCCUCCCGGCCUGGGGCUAAUCCUGGGAGGUGCGUGGCAUGGGGCACUGGCUUUGCUGAUGAGGAGACCAGACUUCAGAGGCCGUGUCACCUGGCCUGGGCCGCACAGCCAGAGGCCUGGCUGUCAGGAGGGUUCCUCCCCGAGGACACACACGCAACCUCCUGGACCGCCAGGCUUUAGACUUUUAAAACUUCUAUAUGCAGGAAACCCCACAGGACGCAGCCAGCAUCUCGGGUCAUGGGUGCACCCGUCACCGCAGUCCUGGGCUAAACAGUGAACAGGAGCUCUGUGUCUCUGUGGUCGUUACAGUUGUAGUGAAUGUUCCCUGGGAGAGUCCUCUUCAGAAGAUAUUUGCCGUAUUUUCAACAAAGGACUCUCCAGGAUGGAUGAGCAACUACAAGUCAGGAAGGAAAAGGCUGACAACCCAGUUUUUUAAAAAACGGGCAAAGGACGAGAACAGACACCAUGCAAUGGCCCAGAGUGCACACAUCAUCAUUUCUCCCAGGAAUGGGGUGCCCGAGCCCCGAGGCGGCUGAACUUGAGACUUGUCACGUAGUGUUGGUGGAAUGCAGAGCAGCUGGAGAUCACCUGCUGCAGGUGGGUGUGUAACUUCGCACGGCCAAGCCGUUUGGAAAGCUGUAGCGUAUGCAUGAGAGUCCGGAAAGUUCCGAGAGAAAGUGUGUGGAUGCACCCGCCAAGGACACACCCACCGAGGCCACAGCUACGAUUUCAUAGUGUGGGACCCCACUGGCAAAGACACGCUGGCUGCUGUGGCCGUGGUUUCUGUCCCAGCCGUCUGUUUCCAUAGAAAAAGGUAACGGGCAUAAGCAGUUUCCAGGAGAAAUACAAAUGGCCAGAGUGGAGACAGCCUACAUGUCCAUCAGCAACAGAAAGUAUCAGCAGGUUGUGGUGGGUCCACUUGGGGAAUGCAGUGAGAAGGAAUAACUUACAGCAACACACAAGACCUGGGCCACAGCUGUCUCCUGGGCUGCCAGGAUAGAACUGCUGAGCCGCCAGAGACCCGUGCCUGUAUAUUCCACGCUUUGCGCACCUGCUGGAAUUCGGGGAGAAGAACCACGAGGUGUCCAUGACUGCCCUGAGGCUCCUACAGAGGAUGAAGCGGGACUGGAUGCACACAGGCCGGCGCCCCUCGGGCCUCUGUGGAGCAGCGCUCCUGGUUGCAGCCAGAAUGCAUGACUUCAGGAGGACUGUGAAGGAGGUCAUCAGUGUGGUCAAAGUGUGUGAGUCCACGCUGCGGAAGAGGCUCACGGAAUUUGAAGACACCCCCACCAGUCAGUUGACCAUUGAUGAGUUCAUGAAGAUCGACCUGGAGGAGGAGUGCGACCCCCCCUCGUACACAGCUGGGCAGAGGAAGCUGCGGAUGAAGCAGCUUGAACAAGUCCUGUCAAAAAAACUGGAGGAGGUUGAAGGUGAAAUAUCCAGUUACCAGGAUGCAAUUGAGAUUGAACUAGAAAACAGCCGGCCAAAGGCCAAGGGGGGCCUGGCCAGCCUGGCAAAAGAUGGCUCCACCGAGGACACCGCGUCCAGCUUGUGUGGCGAGGAGGACACGGAGGACGAGGAGCUGGAAGCCGCGGCCAGCCACCUGAACAAAGACUUAUACCGGGAGCUCCUUGGUGGCGCCCCCGGCAGCUCGGAAGCAGCCGGAAGCCCCGAGUGGGGCGGCAGACCUCCGGCCCUGGGGUCCCUGCUGGACCCCCUCCCCACCGCAGCCAGCCUGGGCAUCUCAGACUCCAUCCGCGAAUGCAUCUCCUCUCAGAGCAGCGACCCCAAAGAUGCUUCAGGAGACGGUGAGCUGGACCUCAGUGGCAUUGAUGACCUGGAGAUUGACAGGUACAUCCUGAAUGAGUCGGAAGCCCGCGUGAAGGCCGAGCUGUGGAUGAGGGAGAACGCCGAGUACCUGCGGGAACAGAGGGAAAAAGAAGCAAGAAUAGCGAAAGAGAAGGAGCUCGGCAUCUACAAGGAACACAAGCCCAAGAAGUCUUGCAAGCGACGGGAGCCAAUUCAGGCCAGUACCGCCAGGGAGGCCAUCGAGAAGAUGCUGGAGCAGAAGAAGAUCUCCAGCAAGAUCAAUUAUAGCGUGCUCCGGGGCCUCAGCAGCGCCGGCGGGGGCAGUCCGCACAGGGAGGAUGCACAGCCCGAGCAUAGCGCCAGUGCCAGGAAGCUGUCACGAAGGAGGACGCCGGCCAGCAGAAGUGGGGCUGACCCUGUGACCAGUGUGGGGAAAAGGUUGAGGCCUCUGGUGUCUACGCAGCCAGCAAAGAAGGUGGCCACGGGAGAGGCUUUGCUCCCAAGCUCUCCCACCCUCGGAGCUGAGCCUGCCAGGCCCCAGGCGGUGCUGGUGGAGAGCGGGCCCGUGUCAUACCACGCCGACGAGGAGGCUGACGAGGAGGAGCCCGACGAGGAGGAUGGGGAGCCCUGCGUCAGUGCCCUGCAGAUGAUGGGCAGCAACGACUAUGGCUGUGAUGGCGACGAGGACGACGGCUACUGAAGUGUGGCCUCCAGGCAGGUGAUGUCCUGGCAGGGGGCCUCGCGGGUCUCCUCAGCAUCAGACGGGCUUCCAGGACCACAGCAGGCAGGCCCCAGCGCCGAGACUCCUGGUGACAGGUGGCACCUGUCCCACAGCCCUCGUCCCAUGUGGAACUUACCAUUGGGAUUGUGUUUCUAUUCAGCAAGGGAAACCGGACCAAGCGUCUGCAUGUGUGUGAUCAGAUGUGGGCCGGGUGUGUGCAGGGCUGGGUCCCGCUGCCUGCCGUCGACUCAUCCAAGGACCCUCCAAGGCUGGCAGUGUGGUGUUGCUACUAUUAAGGAAACAGGCUUGGGGCAGCCCCACUGCUGGUCCAAGUGUGUGGAGGGCUGAGUGUGCUGGCCCUGUGACUCAGGACCAGCUCUGGAGUCCCCAGCCCACCCUCCGCACCGUCCCCUCCUGAGCAGCACUCGGCGCCAGCAGCCUCUGCCAGAGUGGAAGCCAGAGCCCUGCAGGUGUCCGGCGCAGCCGUGGGAGCUGAGGAUCUGGUACUUGAGAGGCAGCAGCUCCUUGAAGGUCCUCUGCCUCCAGCUGUGGCCCUGCAUCCAGAUACCUGCCUCGUCCGAGGCAGACACCCCCACCCCUGCCUCCUCCAGACCCCCUUCCCCGCUGCCUGCACCGCCUGGAGCAGCAUGGGGGUCAGACCCCUGCUCCAGGGCCACUUGAGUUGUGGGCCCAGGAGCCCUGCGGCUGCUGGCAGGUGAACUGAGUGCCCGACAGCUGAGACCAGCGCCCACCCGUCCUGAGCAUAGCUCUGUAGGCAGUGCGGGCAUAGCUUGCAUAGUGUCCUGGCGCUGGGAGUUCCCCGUGGACAGAGCCAGAGGGCAGUGGCGCUCCCUGUCAGAGCUGGAUCAGGCCCCCCAUCGAGGAGGGAGGGCAGACGGAGGCCCGAGAGCCUCCCCAGGCCUCUUCGUGGGAAGGCCUCAGUACCAGUCGUAGGGGGUCUCAGCUCUGGCAUGGCUGCCCCGGAUGUGGCCAAGGAGGGGGCUUCACCCUGUGUCCUUAGGAGAGGGUGGCCUUGAGGCAGAGCCGUGCCUCACUGACCCCCAGGGGCCUCAUCCUCCCCAUGGAAUGGGCUGUAUGUCCUGCCCCAACUUGGCCCGCAGCAGGCCAGACCCCCCUACCCCCGCCCAGAGCUCAGCAGCCAGCCUGGGUCCUGCCAGGGCUUCUCGAGGGCUUGGGGGAAGAAUAGAUUUAGUAAAGCAGGAAGAUCUGUUGUUACUUAACAGAAA